GAUUGAUCCAGAAGCUCCAUCCGAAGAUGACAUGCGGUGCAACAUCUCCAAGCUAACAGUAAGCUCGGGAGUUGUUCUGAUGCUCUCCAGAUCCGCCGGUGAAGGCUGGUUCCACCCAACGGAACCGAGCAGAACCGCAGAAGGAGAUAUACGCGGUAACCGUGAGCACAGCGUGCGAUCCAUUGCUCCGAAACAACCACCACUUUAAACUACUUGACCCCUCGGCUUCAAUGCGACUUUGUGCCCUGUCUAGCCAUCCUCUAUCAUAUUUCACAAUUGACAUACACUAUGACGCCUUCCUCUCACCAUUCCACGGAACUGGACACCCGCCGGGCCGUCAAGUCCUCCCACCGUCGUGGUCGCCUCGAAGAUGCCAUCGCCAACCCCGGAGCUGUCAAUAUCAACGUCAAGGGAGCUUACAUCGUCGAUGAAGAGCCUCGGUCGAGGAGUCCUAUCGAAUCGGCUGAUGGUGUCUACUACGAGAGUCAGGAUAUCCGUCUUCCUCACCACACCGGGGUCGUAAGCCAUAUCGCUGCCGACAUUGGCGGAUCGUUGGCGAAGCUAGUUUAUUUUACACGGGAACUGAAUGCGAAGGACAAUGGCGGCCGACUGAAUUUCAUCAACUUCGAAACCCACCGGAUCGACUUGUGCAUCGAGUUCAUCAAACAAUUGAAAGAAGAACAUGAGAGAGCCAAUGGAUCUUCUCGUGAUGAAUUAUGUGUGGUGGCGACAGGAGGAGGCGCCUACAAAUAUUAUGACAAGCUGAGAGAAACGUUGAACAUUGAUAUUAUCCGCGAAGAGGAGAUGGAGUGUCUGAUUACUGGUCUCGACUUUUUCAUUACCGAAAUCCCGAAUGAAGUGUUCACCUACAGCGAUGACGAGCCGAUGCAAUUUGCCGAGGCCCGACCGGACGUUUACCCGUACCUGCUGGUCAACAUCGGAUCCGGUGUAUCGAUGAUUAAAGUGUCUGGACCAAGUCAAUUCCAACGUGUAGGAGGAACACAUUUGGGCGGUGGUACCUUUUGGGGCAUCAUGUCGUUGCUGACUGGUGCCCCCACCUUCGACGACAUGCUGGCCAUGGCGGACCGAGGAGAUAACAGUGGGGUGGACAUGCUGGUCGGGGAUAUUUACGGCAUGGACUACACCAAAAUUGGACUGAAGAGCACUGCUAUUGCUAGUACAUUUGGCAAGGUCUUCCGUCUGAAGAAUGCUGCUGAGCAGGGCGCGGAGGACGGUGAAGGUCUUGUCCACGAUGAUUCCAAACCCGCCAACGGCAAUGCUGCAUUCAGCCAUGAGGAUAUGAGCAGAAGCCUCCUCUACGCUAUCAGUAACAAUAUCGGACAAAUUGCGUAUCUGCAGGCCGAAAAACACCAGAUCAAGCACAUCUAUUUCGGCGGUUCAUUUAUCAGAGGCCACCGACAAACCAUCAACACACUGUCUUACGCUAUCAAAUUCUGGUCCAAGGGCGAAAAGCAGGCUUAUUUCCUGCGACACGAAGGCUACCUCGGUGCCGUCGGUGCGUUCCUUCGCAGACAGCCACAGAACUGGGGCCGCAGGAACAGUCUCGAUGAUGCGAACCGACCGCAAUCCGUCAAGGAAAUGUUCCAGAACAUCCAACAGAACGGCCAGCCGACAUCCUCGUAACCGCCUUGAUCGUUCGACAAAUACGCCUUUUAUUUCUGCAUUUUAUUCCAGCGUUCGAUACCCUUUAUCAGACGAUGCCUUGAUGCAUUUAGACCCAUUAUUAUUACGAUACUAUAAUUACACAAACACGCCAUUCUUCAGCAACGUUGCCUUUCUUGAUGAUAGAUGGCUUUGCUUUCGUUACCUACGACGCUCACCCUACAAUCUUCAUUGUACAAUUAAUCCACCUCUUCUCUUCUUUCUUUUUGGGUCUCUCUUUUGGCUAUACCUACGCGCUGUAUUUCGGAAAUUGCAGUUAUCUACUCUUGAAGACUAAAAGCUGGUCUUCAGUCUUGAGGCACCUGCUUCAUCACCUACCGGCCUAUCAUGAUUCAACAUGGAAUUUCGGGAAUAAUUAGCAGUGUAUAUAUACGAAGCAUGAAUUAAUUAAACAUCC